CAGUUGCAUUUCAAGCCUCGAUCGCUGCAGUCACCGGAUCGCUUGACCCGAAAUCAGACCGUUAACAAGCCGAAACCGUAACAAACGCCUGCCAUUCCCUUCACACCUCCACAGGUAAUAGUACUCGUACAAUAACAGCAGCAAAAUGAAGCUCAACUCUGGUCUGUUUUUGAUCUGUGCCGCCCUGCUCGGAUGCUCGACAGCCACUGAGGUCAGGCCCUGCCCGAAAUCCAAGUCGAAGGCCCUGAGCUCCAGUGAUGUGUCCAUCUCCAAUUGUCCCAAGAACAGGUGCAUACUGAAGCGCAACACGGAGGCCAGCAUCAUGAUGAAGAUCCGGCCGGAGCGCGACUUCCAAGAGCUCAACUCGGACAUUCAGGGCAUCAUUUUGGACGUGCCACUGCCCUUCCCCGGCUACUACGGCACCAGUGCCUGUCCGCACAUCUACGAUGAGGCUGGCGAGAAGCAGGUGGGCUGCCCGCUGAAGGCCGGCCAGACGUACACCUACAAGAACAGCUUCAAGAUCCUGCCCCUUUACCCCACCGUCAGCCUGGAGAUCCACUGGGGAUUGGGCGACAAGGAGGGCGAUGCGGCCUGCUUCCAGAUACCCGCCAAGAUCAAAGCCUAGGCCAAAGAGAUUGCGAUGUUAGCUUUUAUUAAGGUUGAAUCUCUUAAAAUCGUAUCUGCAUAUCAUAGUUAGGGAUUAAGUACGGUUAAGUGAAUGUGAAUGAAAGCAAAGUUCUUGAUAUCGUUUCCAAUAUUGCGGCAUCCAGCCAGUGACGCAAUACUGAGCCUGCAGAAGACCCCUGAUCCGUUCGAUCAGUUGUGAGCUGUGUCUGAUAAUUCUACACAUACAUAUACAUAUGUACU